ACCGGCCGGUCGCCAGCUCCUGCCCCUUUCAAUCUGCGCCGACGCGGCGACCAGCCGGAUCCCGGGGACUCCCCGCACCGGGAAUCUCCCGCCAGCUGCGCGCUGCGUCCCGGCGACGGCAGGAGCACGUGGAGCGGCCGGGUAGCCAGAGCGGCAGCUCCUGCCCAGCCCAGCCCAGCCCAGCCUAGCCCAGCCCGGCGACAAGAUGGAAGAUAUAAAACCAAAUGUGGAACUGAAAAGCACUCAGGAGCAGUCUGUGCCCACAGAAGGUCCAGUGACUUUGAAUGACUACAGUUUAACCAAACCUCAUGAAAUAGAAAACGUGGACAGUGCAGAAGGCCCAGCUAAUGAAGAUGAAGAUACAGGAGAUGAUUCAAUGAAAGUGAAAGAUGAAUACAAUGAAAGGGAUGAGAAUGUUUUAAAGCCAGAGCCUAUGGAAAAUGCAGAAGAGCCUGAAAUUCCUUACAGCUAUCCAAGAGACUAUAAUGAAUAUGAAAACAUUAAGUUGGAGAGACAUGUUGUCUCAUACGAGAGUAGCAGGCCAGCCAGUGGCAAGAUGAACUGUGAUGUGUGUGGAUUAUCCUGCAUUAGCUUCAAUGUCUUAAUGGUUCAUAAGCGGAGCCAUACUGGUGAACGCCCAUUCCAGUGUAAUCAGUGUGGGGCAUCUUUUACUCAGAAAGGUAACCUCCUCCGCCACAUUAAACUGCACACAGGGGAAAAACCUUUUAAGUGUCACCUUUGCAAUUACGCAUGCCAGAGAAGAGAUGCACUAACAGGUCAUCUUAGGACACAUUCUGUUGAGAAACCCUAUAAAUGUGAAUUUUGCGGAAGGAGUUACAAGCAGAGGAGUUCCCUUGAGGAGCAUAAGGAGCGUUGCCGUACGUUUCUUCAGAGCACUGACCUGAGUGAUCCUGCAAGUGCGGAGGCAAGGCACAUCAAAGCAGAGAUGGGAAGUGAAAGAGCUCUCGUUCUGGACAGAUUAGCAAGCAAUGUGGCAAAACGAAAAAGCUCAAUGCCUCAGAAAUUCAUUGGUGAGAAGCGCCACUGCUUUGAUGUCAGCUAUAACCCUAGCUAUAUGUACGAGAAAGAGAGUGAGAUAAUACAGACCCGGAUGAUGGAUCAAGCCAUCAAUAACGCCAUCAGCUAUCUUGGUGCUGAAGCCCUGCGCCCCUUAGUCCAGACACCACCAGCUCCCACCUCAGAAAUGGUUCCGGUUAUCAGCAGCAUGUAUCCCAUAGCCCUCACCCGUGCUGAGUUGCCAAACGGUUCCCCCCAGGACCUGGAAAAGAAGAACACCCACCUACCAGAGAAAAGCCUGCCUUCUGAAAGAGGCCUCUCCCCCAACAACAGUGGCCAUGACUCCACGGACACUGACAGCAACCAUGAAGAACGCCAGAAUCACAUCUUCCAGCAAAACCACAUGGCCCCUCCUCGGGCCCGCAAUGGGAUGCCACUUCUGAAGGAGGCCCCCCGCUCUUAUGAACUCCUCAAGCCCCCACCCAUCUGCCCAAGAGACUCCAUCAAAGUGAUCAACAAAGAAGGGGAGGUGAUGGAUGUAUUUCGAUGUGACCACUGUCGAGUCCUCUUCCUGGAUUAUGUGAUGUUCACUAUUCACAUGGGUUGCCACGGCUUUCGUGACCCUUUUGAGUGUAACAUGUGUGGAUAUCGGAGCCAUGAUCGGUAUGAGUUCUCGUCUCAUAUAGCUAGAGGAGAGCACAGGGCAAUGCUGAAGUGAACGUCUGGUCCCAGAGAUGAUUUGCGCCUGAGCUUCAACAUCACUUUUAAAAACUGAUACCCCCACCUAACAAAUCACUCUCAAAACAAACUUAGUUCCAAACUCCUUUCCAUACCAGUUUUAGUAUCCAAGGGCCAUAUUCACAUCAGGAACAGAGAAACGCUGUCUUCAUUCAGAAAUUGAGUAUACAUCAUGUUACUACUUCUGUGAAAUCUUUGUUUUCCCAUCAGAGAAUUGAUUUCAUAUUUAAAAGCCAAUGAAGUAUUUGCUCAGUAUCUUCUGCAGCAAUGGCACAGGCAUUCCUUGGAGCCUCUUGCCAGUCAGAAGAGUCCCCUGGUUGUGCUGCAUGAGACAUUCUUUCUGAGAUACAACAGCUGGAUGUGGAAAAGCCUUUUGGUCAUUUGCCCAGGUCCACCGAGAAGCAGAGCUGACCAGCUGAUCUUGCUGGAAAGCUAUGCCCGUCUGCACCUAACUCCAGGCUGAAGGGUUAGGAUGUAAUCUCCCCAACCCAAAUUAUGGUCUAAUAGUAAGGAAAAGAACAGUCAUAAGAUGAGUAUCUGUUACCAAAAAUCAAAGACCUCAGUGUCUGAGCAUCAGAUCCAUUUCUUUUCAGAGAAGCAAAAAUAACCCAUGACUUCUAAUGACACUUCUGCUUCUACCCUUUGCCCUCCUGUCUACAAUUAAAAACUGCUUUGGGUUAAACUGGUCACCCGUAGGAGACAUUCUAUACCAGAAGAACCAAUGGUUUUAUUCACAGACUGUCACUGAACCUCCAGGAAGUUGUUCGCUGUGGACAACAACAUCCAUUUCCUGUGAUCAAGGUCGGCAGAGCGGGCUCAGAGAAGUGAUUAGCAGCAUCACCAGGGAGAAAAAACAGCUACCUGAACAUUCUUGGUCUCCUUGAUGGAAUAUUGGUAUACAGACCCAAAGAAAACUUGCCAACGAUUUUUUUUUUUUUGACCAAAGAAUCCAAAAAGUAUGACUUAGUCUUACCCACUACCCACACACGCACAUGACAGGAGUCAGGGAUAAACACCAGGAGUGAGUUGUUUAAAUCAGAGCCGAGCCUCGCGAUGAGGUAUGGAGGGGAGGGCCUCUGCCGACAGGCUGUCCUUGAUCAGGUGGGGUGGGUUCCCCCCACCCCGACUUUAGAUGGAGCUGCUGUAUUCCACUGAGAUUCCCGAGAGUCUGAUCUUGGCUCUGCAGAUGUAUCAGGAGCAUCGUCGUCAUUAGUUACAGGGGGUAUGCUACCAAGGAAAAGUUCUGGGAUAAUUGUAAAAUUAGCCCUGGACUACGGGGUCACAAAAACCUCUUUGCUAAUUCCCUAUUUGCCACAAAUUAGCUGUAUAAUUUAGGGCAAAUCACUUAACUCUUACAACGAAGUUUCCUCAACCAUAAAAUAAGAGUUGGGUUUAGACAUUCUCUAAGGUUCCUUCCAGCUUUAAGUGUAUGUGAUUAUGCAGUAACCACGGUUAUUUUUUAAGCCUCUUAAUGUAUGGAUAUUAAGCAGAAAAGUAUGUAUAUGAAGACCUCUUUCACAUUUCUUUGGUGUGAAAAUGGUAGUGUUGUUAAGUUUUUCCUUUAACCACUGAGCUGUGACUGUGAAGAGGAUGGUGGGGAGGAACAAAAAAACAGGAAGGUAUUUUGAUCUUGCCCCAAAGUGUACACAUUAACUGGCACCUGCAGCUGCUUGCCAAAGCCUUCCCCCCCACACCCCUUUUUAAAAACUUGUGUUAGGGAAAAUAAAUUCUGCUCCCAGGGAUAACUUCCUGGGGCCUAUUUACAAAUUAAGAGUAAGUGUUGUGAACAUUCCUUCCAGAGCCAAGAACCCCAAAUUCCUGGUAGAUUAACAAUGUAUGUAUCUGCCUUGAUACUUCAGGGCUUAUGCACUAGGCUGAAACUCAAUUUAUUUAUGUGCUGCCAAUAAUUAAAAUGUUCCACUUCAGACUACACAAAUGGCUUAUCCUUCCUUGUAGCAUGGUGUCUAUCUCAGAAAAAAAAAAAAAAGAUUUUGUGUGAAACUCCAUGGCAACAGUCCCAACAUGCUUGAGAUUUCAGCUGAAAGACUGGAUGUAUUACAGUGUGUAAUCCUCAGUAUAUCACUGUAUUUCCAUAAUCCUAGACUCCAACCUAUGCCAGGUUGCUUAUACCCUUUGUAAUAGAGGAACUGCUUUUUUUGUGUUCUUGAAAUACCACACAUCCUGUUGACUCUUCAGGAGACAAAAGAAAGAGAAUUUGGAGGCAAGAAUUAGUAGGAGAGAAAGCUAGGAAAAGUGAGCAUUUCCAAGAGAUCAGUGGGAAAAAGUCUUUGCUGAAGAGAACAACUCUCGCACCUUAAGAUAGUGAAACUAAGGUCCAUCCCACCAACCUAAGGGCUCUUUUCAUAGAUACGACCUUCAUUUUCCCUGUGACUAAUGGAUUUUCUGAAUGAUUUCCAUUCUUCUGAGGUCAAUUUUCUGAGUGGCGUGACCACUCAAAAAGGCUGCUCUUUCUUGGUAGCAUUCCAAGCCUGGAUCAGGACACGUCAAGUCCAGAGAAAAUGUACAUGUGGAAAUUCCACACCUUCUUAAACCUCAAAGUUGAACCCAGUGGUAUGCUGUGCCGUAAUUACUACCACACAGGUAAACACUUCCUUCUGUAGGCACUCCUUAUAGUAGUUAAGUAUUGCUGGGGGUAGUAGAAGAGGGUGAAGGAGAACCUUAGCCAGAUGCUUGGACAGGACUCACAUGUGACCGUGUUGGGCAGUGACGUCCCACCGCAGCUUCCGGCAGCACAUUUACUUUCUCGUCCAGAGUCCCUCUGAACAUGAGCCGUGCAGGCCUUUCUCCUUCAUUUCCCACCAACCCUCUUAGUCAGGCUUCCCACCACACACCCAGGAGGCCACAAUCUGAGGAACAAUCUACCCCAUGAUAAGCUCCCUUGCAGCCAAGUUGACAGAACUGGGGUGAGGGUGGAAAAGGAAGAGACCUGGCUCUCCAAAUGUUCCUCAUCACUAUUUGACAUGUUGCAUAGGUAUUUCCUCCUGGCAAAGAACAAAAUAGAAAUGUCUCCAUUACCCUCCACCACCACUACCAGAGGAAAAAAAAAAUGAAUAAAUCUACCAGUCUUCAGAGUCCUUAAGUCAUUCUCCCAAUAAGAUACUUGCCUUGAACAGAUAAGCUGGCUAAUCUUGUGCUUUUUUACCCAUUCUGAGCUCUUCCUGAUUCAGCUUCAAACUUUGUCAAUGACAAACUUUCUCACCUUUUAAAUGCAGUGCUUAACAUUUUGCUGGGCCCACAGUGGCCCAGAUAUAAUAUGACCUCAGAUUUCUGUUGCAAAGACAAAUGUUUGAAAACACAAAAUUUAUUCAAUUGAAACACUGUGUUAUUAACAAAUCUCACAUCAAUAUAAGUUUUUCCAAAUAGCGUCUGUAUCACUGUUCCUCCUCUUCCUCUUCUUUUUUCCCCAUGGCCAAUGUGAGGUUUGGAAUGUGGCAAGGGAAAAGGCAGUACUCCUGAUAGAUACCCCAGACCAGGCAGUAAGACUAUCUUGGAAAUAUUAACUGUUUUAAGUCCUAACUUUAAAGUGUACCCCCGUGAGGGUAGGUGUAUUAGUCUCUUGUGGAGAUUCGGGGACUCCAAGACACUCAAAAUUUGAGUCCUCAGAGAUGUCCAAGCUCUUUCACAAAAAUUCAGAAUUAGACUUUGUGAGCUCAGGAAAAGAAAAGAAAGUAAAGUGAUGAUAAUUUUGUCCAACUAAAUAGCAUCAGGGUGAGCGGAAGAUAAGAGAGAUACCAUGCUCUUUCUUAUUUUUUUAAAGAAUUGGGAUUAUUUUUGUGUUCAGACAGAAUGUAUAGUUCAGAGAAUCUCUGUAGGCAGAGGUCAGAAAAGCAGAAUAAUCGGAAAUUUAGGUAUCUGUAAAGAAGACAAUGUUGACAAUUAAACCAAAAGCUAGGCCUAGGCCAUCCUAGGAAAAGGACUCUAUUCUCUAAGGCUAAAGGACUGAAUGUUUCGAACAGUGAUCAGUGAGCCCCAGAUGGGGGAUUGCUGCCUCUAAGGACUAUGGACUUAAUAGAGCCUAGAUGAGAAUUACAGGUUUUAAGCUUGUGUGAGCUCACAGCACAAGACAGUACCUCCAUUUAUCCAAGCUGUGUAUAGUCUAUAUCCCACCAUACUAUCAGUAUGAUAAACAGGUCUGUGCACUUUGAAGAAUUUGAAUCCAGGUUUCUUCUGAAUAUUAUAAUAGUGGACUGUCUUAUACAUUGAGGUUGAUUGAGGUGUUAUUUGAAACUGGAAUGUUAAUGUGUUGAUUUAAAAAACGUAAGGACAGAACAAUAUCUACCUCCCAAAGAUGUUGUGAGGUUUUAUGUAAUUUUGUCUAUGGGGUAAUGUUACUUUUUUUUGGUGGGGUGGGGUGGGGUUGGGGGGGAAUUAUGUUUGAUGGUUGCAAAUUUUCCACUAUAUGUACUGUAUCUGGACUUAAAGACAUGGAAAAUAAUAGUAAUUCAGUUGCCAGUGAAGGCAACUGAUCUCUAAUAUAAUUUCCUUCAUGUUGUUUUAACGCAAAAGAGCAAAAACUAUGCUGAACCUUAGAACUAAUGUGAGUUAACCACAUGCUACAGAUUCUUCAAGGCCUUGCAGCCAGGGAGGUAGAGAAGCUCCCUCACCAUUUCACGAGCCCUCGACCAUUAAUUCCCCAGGCAACUUAGGAGUUUCCAAGCCCAUGGCAUGGUCUGUGGGGCCUCGUUCAUAUUCUGAAUAUCAGCACAGCUUUGCUUCUUCCUCUCCUAAAAAGACUGAGAACAAACAUUUUGACACGUUAGGGAAAUGGGGCAGCCUUAAAAACGACUGCUCCCAUUGCCAGUGACUCAUUGUACAAGGGCUCUUCCAGGUUAGCAGACAAGGCCCUUCUUGGUGGGCCUGCUUCUGUGGGUUCACAGAAACCAAAUUACUGUGGGUUGCAAAGAAUUAGCAGGUCAUUUGAAAAGCAGACAUCCCUUCACCCAGACUGUGGUUUUGCAUGCUCAGGUUCUCAGUCUCUGAGCUUCGGUGAGGGAUCAUUUUGGCUACUGGAAAAACCAUAGCUUAUUUUUAAUUUCUGGUUGUCAAAGCCACCACACAUGUAGUCUGUGGAUGAGAUGACCCUUGUUGGCAGAAUGACAGGAGGGGAAGGGAAUGUGGUUUGGGGCUCAGGGUGGCCUUCCCACCAGGAGUGAUGGAGGGAGCCCUUGCCGAGUGGUUCUGACACAGCCUGUGCUCACAGCACUCUCAUCUGGAUUUCUCAGAAACACCCUCCUUGCCGAGAAGUGACCUUCCCUCUUGACUCCUCUCAAGUCUUACCUGGAGUCCAGCCAUUUGGAGCACUGUAAGGCCCUACUCUUCUGUAAAGACUGUUUAAAGAAAGUCAGCUUCUGAAAUGUAGCAAUGCUAACCUUGCCAGAACAGUAAUGAGUGCAUCGCUCGCAUCAAAAACAGCCCUGCUGAUAGUUUUCAUGGUUUCUUUAUUAUGUUUGAUUUUUAUACUGAAAAAUUAAAAAAAAAUACUGGUGUGUUUAAAAUUAGUCAUUUUGCAUGCCCAUCAUUUGUAGUUGCUGCUGUCAGAAAAUGGAAGAGUUUAAUCUUCCUCUAGGAAUAUUUUCUUAGUUUAGCCCCCUCUGGCUACUUCUUAAAGUCCAAGAACCAAGGUAUAUGGAAUUUUCACAGAAAUAAAGCAUCUCUCGUGAUGCGUUGCUGAGCCUGCCAUUGGUAUCCUAUUGCUUGCCCCCAUGCCCUCAGAGUGGGAUUCUGGCCCCAUGAGUCCUUAGUUCACUAAGGGCACUGGAGGAGGCUGUGGCCUGGACUUGGUAGGAUCAGCCCUUCAUGGUGUCUCCCACUUCAAAGACACUCUCCCCCAUCCCUUCCAGCAGUGGUUCUUCCUAAAAGAUAGGCAAGUCCUGACUUUUUUUACCUCUAGGGUCUCAGAAAUAUGCACACUGGGAAAUUCAAGCUACAGUCACUAAACUCAGCCACAUUUAAAUAUAGUCUUUAAACACUUAGAGGCCCAAACUGAAGGUGUUGGGGAGAAACUCCUAGGAGAAAAUAGCACAGGAACCCUGCAGCUUUCUCCCUGUCUUGUCAUCUUCUGUUCUGUCUUAGAAAAUGCCAGAAAAGUGUCUGACAGGUGGUCUGGCCUUCUACUCAACCUCAUCCAAAACAUCUUCCCUUUCCCCUCUUCUGUGGAAAAGGUAGGAGGAAGAGGUUUCUGAAGUCUGGGAUUAGCAAAUGUGGGGCCAGGUUGGUGGCAGCACCAUCUCCCUCCCUGCAACCCAGACUGUUUAGCAGGUUUUUCCAUCUCUGCACUAAGGGCAGGAAAAGAAGAAUGACAUUACAGCCUGUCUUUCUGUUAUAACAUUAAAUACAUUCAAAAAUGGCCUCUUGGUAGCUGACUUUCAGGCUUGGUGAGAAUGGUCUGUGGCCUUCGCCAUCCCUACUCCCUUCCUAAAGCAGAAACAGCUCAGGGAGAAAAGAAGGAGACAGGGAGACUCGGAUCCCUUUUGCCCAUGAGCAGUGCAGAGAGCUCUGGGCUGGCUGGGGCUGGGCUCGGCUGACCUGACUUGCAGCCUGAGGACAGUCACUCUUGGGAACUAAUUUGAUGCUUUAGAAGGUGGUGGGCCUGGCAGUGGAGGCCACCCCACACCUGCACACUCUUCCCCCUCCCCCAUCACUGUACACAACCAGGCCAUUCACACAGGAUGCGGUGCCCAAAACUCCACCUGCAGGCAACUGCCACCCAAGGGCCAGCAGAGGAAAGGACCUGCCUCCUCUCCCUCUCCUCCCAUCCCCUAGUGUCCAGUGUCUGAGGAAGAGUUGGGGUGAGAGCUCUGGGAAGUCCAGAAAUGCCGAGCGAUGGUGGAGAAUCACAUUCGGGCCAGGACACAAGUUCUGGCUGCAGAACAUUCCCAGUCAGACAGUUGUUUGCAUAAAAGCCAAAAGCCACUGCACCUGGGGUGAGGAGGCCCCCUGGGGAGGUACUCCCUGGCUUGGGGGAGAAGAGGGAAGGAGGGUGUCAUGGAAAGUCCCUGAAGGACACGGGGUGUUGAAUUUGCUGUGGUUUUGUUUUUAACUCUGUCUUGACCUAUGAAGUAGGCAGCUGCCUCCUUUCCCCCCAAAUAACAGCCCUUUCCCCAGAAUAACAAGAGCAUACCCAAGGAAAGAGCACAGCAGUGGAAAGAAUGCAAGUUAGAGGGCCUGUGGGUGAUGUGAACUGCCCCCCUUCCCCAGGAC